AUGGGUAUCACCGACUUCUUCAGCGACGUCUGGGAGACCUUCUCCCACCCCUCGGCCGACGCCGAGCACCCCGUCCAGGGUGGCACCAGCACCAAAUCGCCCGCUUCCGGCACCGAUGAGGAGAGCGGCGAGGAGGCCGAGGUCAACAAGCAGGACGCAAAAUCAGGCGGCUCGAGCGAGCAGGGACACAAGCCUUCCGAGGAGCCUGAAGAGGACGAGGACGAGGAGGAAGAGGAGGAGCCCGACCCAAAGGACAAGCUCGAGAAGGAAUGCGCCGAGUCCAAGGAAUGCCAUGGCCCCAAGCACCACUACGACGAGUGCGCUCAACGGGUAACAGGCCAGAUUGAGGAGAAGGGCAAGGCCGACGAGGACUGCGUUGAAGAAUUUUUCCACCUCGCUCACUGCGCAACCCAAUGCGCCGCCCCCAAGCUCUUUGCUCAGCUCAAGUAA